AUGCGUGUGCUUGCGUCCAGCAUUUUUCCGACAGUGUCAAAGCAGGACUUGCCGACCAGCCCCCUUGGCAAGAGGACGGGAUCGCCAGAUCUUCCUUCAGCGAGCAAAUCGGAUCCGCAAACGGCUGAUGCUAACACGGCAAGCACAAAAUCCAGAGGAUCCGAGGGAGGCAGAGGACGCGGAUCUGAAGAUGACCCUCCAAGUGAUGCUGAAACCGUGUCAAGUGCCAGUUCAAGAAAUCCACGAUCCAGAAUGACCACACCAUUCAUGUCAGCGGUUGAUUGGGGCUACGAAGUGAGUGCUCCUAAGGAGGCAACACAGGCUGGUGCUGCUGCCGGCGCUGUUGCUGCUGGUGCUGCUGGCGACAGCGUCCCCAGCUCCAACCGCCGCCGAAGGUCCAAGCCAUCAUCACUGGAGCCGUACUCUUCCGCAACGGAUCGCAACCUCGUGAAACAGGUCAGCAUCGAGUCCAGCAUUGAACGGGAGAUAACGGAGCGUGUCAAGUUGAAUGCUCAGCGCCAAGCGAGAGAGGAACGGCUGGUCCAAGUGGGCAGCGCUGAUGCAAACGUGCCUUUGGCCCUCGAGAGGUGUUCGUCAGCAGAUGGUGGAGGUCCAGAGGCAGAUCUUGCGAAUCACAUC